AUGGAAGAAUAUCGUCAAUUAUAUUACAAUUCAAUGUGCAACCAAUCAAAAUUUGGAUAUUUUGAUAGUUGGCAAUUUCUUGCAACAUCUUCACACUCUUUUUCAUUUUUCUUGAUUCCAUUAAAUUUUUAUGGUAGUUAUUGUAUUAUUUUCAAAACUCCUUCCAAAAUGCGAAGAGUCAAAUGGGUUAUGUUAAAUUUGCAUAUUUGGACUGGAUUAUUCGAAAUUAUGAUGACAACAUUAAUCACUCCAUACUUUUUCUUUCCAUCUAUUUGUGGUUUUUCAGUUGGAGUUUUGGCUUUUCUAGGGGUUGAUAUCAAAGUUCAGAUAUUUCUGGGACAGAUUUGUUGUGGAGGUAAUUUUUGAGUAAAAAAAAGUACAGUAAUUUGAAAAAUUUUAGGAUUGUUUUCAAGUCUUUUAAUGUUGUUUGAGAAUAGACAUAACUAUUUGGUAACCUCAAAAUGGAAAAUUCCGAACAAUAAAUGUCGAAUAAUUUACUUCUUUUUUGUUUAUUUAUAUGGAUUUGGAUUUAUGUUUCCAGCUUAUUUGAAUGAACCAAAUCAAGUUGAAGCAAAACUAAUCAUUUUGAAAACAGUUGGUUUUGAUGUAUUUUUAAUGUGUUUGGAUUUCUUUUUCAGAUGAUACCUUGUCCAACUACAGAAUUCUUUGAUUCACAAGUUUAUGUUCUUAUUCUCAAUACAAAAUAUGCUGUUUACCCAAUAAUUCUUUACAUUUUUAUAACGGCCAUACAAACUUUUUUCUUUGUUUUUCAUAGUUUUUUCCACUUAUUUCAUACUUCUUCACAGAUGUCAAUUCGAACAAAAGAACUUCAAAAAAAAUAUUUGAUUGGUGCUUGUUUACAAGUUGCAAUUCCAAUCGGAGUUUUGUUAAUUCCAAUGAUUCCAUGUAUUAUUGCAAUUUUCUUGAAUUAUUAUAACCAAGCUAUGUUCAAUAUAUCUGUUUUAUGUAUUUCUCUUCAUGGAAUGUCAGCUACAAUUGUUCUUAUUUAUAUAAAUGAACCUUAUCGAAUAUUUACAAUUCGACUAUUUCGAAAGCAAAAAAUUGAUAAUUUAACUUCAAUUCAUCUCAAUUCGCGUUUUCAUUCGAAAUCAAAUGUUGCAAAGUCUACAAGAGGAGUUUUAUAA